ACCUUCAAUAAGAAGCCUCAGUUUUAGCGAAUGCAACAUCUAAUCAUACAUAAAUUAAGCUGAAGGAACAAAUAUUCUUCUUUUUAAAUGAAAUUCUUAUACGAAUAUGCAAAUAGAAAUGUGUAAAAGAGAAAUUUUUAGUGUGCUAAAUACACCUGCAUAACAUUAAUAUUGUUCUCAAAGAAAUAAUAUCUCAUGAAUAACUUUUUUAUGAAAAAUCGAACAUCUGUUGAAUUUCAUGCUAUUAAAUCGAUUAUGUAAUCAUCCAUUCUCAUAAUAAAUUUUUUACUACAGAAUGCGUAAACGACAUUAGGAAAAUUGUGAAAUUUACACCAGAAGGAAAAAACCUAAGAUAUGUAAUGGUUCGAUAAAUGCUAAAAAAGCAAACGAGUAUCUUUGUAGUCAUAAUUUGAUAGUUGAAGAAAAAUGAACUGCAUCGAGGCAAAAUAUUUUAGUAUAAAUAAAAUUUUAUUACUUGCUAUAGGCUUGUGGCCUUAUCGACAAACAAAACUCAUUCGAUUUCGAUUUAUUGUCUAUCUAAGUAUUCUUAUAACUGCUGUUUUAUUUCAACUCACCGCGUUUUUAACUUCAAAAUGUACUUCAGAUCUCAUCAUUAAGAUACUUUCUGUUGCGCUUUUCUUCGUUGUUUUUAUAACAAAAUAUAUCUCAUUUGCUUUUAAUAUGGAAGCUGUAAAGUAUUUAUUGGUCCAACUUCAACAUGUAUACAAUAAGUUACAAGAUGAGUAUGAAAAUGCCAUUAUGGAAAAGUAUGGCUAUAUUGGAAAACGUUAUACGGUUGCACUUGCUACCAUUGCAUUAACAUAUUGCUUAGGAGUGGUUAUAAUAGUAGCAAUAGGAACAAUAUUAAUUGCGUAUUUACAACUUACAUGUGGCUUGUUUAAAAUCUCCAGUUAUCGUAUUAAACGCGCAAUGAGAAUAAAUAUAUUAAAAAACAUUAGUACAAAGAACGAUAAAUUUGUGUUUGAAGGAAUAAUUUGUGCUGUAGAUAUUCAUCGGCAAGCUAUGAAAUUGUCUAAGCUGGUGGUAUCCAAAUUUGAGAUAAUGCUGUUCUGUUUAAUAACAGUGGGAGUGAUUUCUUUGAGCCUCAAUCUUUUCCGAAUUUUCCAGAUUAAUGCAUCAGAUGGUAACUCUAAGGAGUAUUUAUUUCCUACUAUAUUUACAACAAUUUGUGUUAUUUACAUGUUCAUGUCCAAUUACAUCGGGCAAGAUAUUAUAGAUCAUAAUAAUCACGUAUUCGUAACUGCGUAUAGCGUCCAAUGGUAUGUAGCUCCUUUAAACACACAAAGAAUUAUACUCUUUUUAUUGCAAAGAGGCGCUAAAAAUUUUACUUUAGAUGUCGGUGGAUUGUUUGUUGGAUCGUUAGAAUGUUUUGCGACGUUGGUGAAGACGUCAGUAACUUACUUUACUGUUAUGAAUUCUGUACAUUAAUAAACUAAAAAUAAAAACAAGUUAAAUAAAAAUAUAAAAAAUAUGUAUCAUUAUUAAAGAAACUUCCAAUAUUAUGAUUUUUUAAAUUAAGUUUUUUUAAUUGAAAAGUCUGCAGUUUUAAGUAUACAGAUUGAUUAAAAGUGAUAUUUGGCAAACAUAAAAAUCUUUCAAAUAUAAUAGAUGUAAAAUCUAAAUUAAAAUGAUUAUUUCAAUUAGUAAUCAAAAAUAUUGAUGUAUACUGUAUAUUUGUGAUUACAGGUUGUUAUAUUUUAUAAUGUAAUUGUGUUUAAUUAACCCCAAGGUAAAUACCUAUAUUUUUAUACCUUAAGUAGACACCUAUGGAUAUGUGAGAACUUCAUCGUUUACUAACAAUGUUUAAUAAAAUGUUUAAUAACAAUAUUUAAUAAUAAUGUUUAACAACAUUGUUUAAUAAAAAUUUAAUAACAUAAAUGACAGUUUUAAAAAAUCUCUUGGAUUCCACAAACCCAUAAAUGUCUACCUAGGGUUAACACUAGAUUGUAAAAUUAAUUCUAUCUGUCGAUAUAUUACUUUCAUGUAUAAAUAUGUAUCAUCAGCAUAAAUAUUUCUUAU